AUGUCUACCUCAACUCUGACAACAGCCCCGGUGUAUGGCGGUACCUGCGGUAAAGGUACAGCGACUUGUAGCAGUGUUAAGGCCACUGCUGCGCUCAUUAUGCUUGUCACGGCCGCACUGGGGUUCAGUUCUGACAGUGACAGUGACAGUGAUAGUGACUCUGUAUGGAACUCGUCGGGAUCAAGCCUAGCAACCAAGACGGCCAAUGCUGUUUCUGCAGAUGAUAAAGCUGCACCUGGUGCUGGUAUCUCAUUUGGCUCUGAGAUUGCAAUUGCGAUCUGUGCACCAUUUGUAAUUACCAUUUUAGGAGUGGUUACUUUCAUUACUAGUAUCAGUCGUAGAAAGCUAAGAUCUCCUAUUAAUAGUAUCUCCGAUUAUAAGUAG